GUAUUACCUCACCAGUUACGAGUAAAGACAGCGCAAGGUCGUCGGAGCAGCAGUCGCCGCAAACAUGAUGUCCCUUGCUGCCCGGUCAGGGGCAUUUUCCCCUUACAUGCAGGCCACAGCUGUCGCGGUCGCCGGUCCCCUGAAGGCGCUGGUGCCCGGGGUCGUUGUGAAGGGAGAGAAGAUUUUGUUGGACCCAAAGAAACCGUUCCUCUGCCGCGAAACGCUCAGCGGCCAAAGCCCGAAGACGGGGCCUGCUGUUACUGUUCGCCUUAAUGGCUGUGCAGGAGUUCGAUUUGCCCACACAGAUGUCAGAGUACCAGACUUCUCUGACUACAGGCGCCCAGAAGUGCUUGACCCCAACAAGUCUUCCCAGGAGAGCAGUGAAUCCAGGAGGACCUUCUCGUACCUGGUCACCGGUGCCACAACCGUGGUGGGAGUCUACGCUGCCAAGACGGUGGUCACUCAGUUUGUUUCUUCCAUGAGUGCCUCUGCUGACGUCCUGGCCCUGUCCAAGAUCGAAGUCAAGCUUAGCGAUAUCCCUGAAGGCAAGAACAUGACCUUCAAGUGGAGGGGCAAACCUCUGUUCGUCCGUCAUCGCACAGAGAAAGAGAUUGCCACAGAAGCCGGCGUGAACCUGGCAGAGCUGCGAGAUCCUCAACACGACAAGGACAGGGUCCUCAAGCCCAGCUGGGUCAUCGUCCUCGGGGUGUGCACACAUCUGGGCUGUGUGCCCAUCGCAAAUGCAGGCGACUAUGGCGGUUACUACUGCCCCUGUCACGGCUCUCACUAUGACGCGUCGGGCCGCAUUAGGAAAGGCCCCGCCCCUCUCAACCUAGAGGUUCCCUUUUACGAGUUUGUAGAUGAUGACACUGUGGUUGUUGGAUAAAGCCCACACCUCAGAAUGAGCUCUCAUUGUACAACAGUGUUCAUUGUUUCUAAAUCUGACAGAUGUUGGUAGUCCUCGCAUCACUUUACAUAAUGCUGUUUUAAAAUGAGAAUCAUUCAGAAUACGGCCUCUGCAUUAAAUAGGUAAACCCUGGGAAGGUCCCAUCCUUCUUUUCCAACAUGGAAAAAAAACACCUAAUUUUAAAUCCUAGUUUAUCUAAUUUGCAAAGAACAAAUGUCCUGUUCAGCUGUGGUCAAUAAAGAUUUAUAUUUUAUUUGAAAACCUA